CACAUGUUUAGUCUUGAGUGAGAGUGAGGCGGGUUGCCUAUUAGAGCUUCCUUUUCAACAGAUUGCCUUAUUUUUUAGGGUUUUGUUAAAAUAAAUAUAGAAAAAUAAUAAGUUUUAAGAAAAAAAGUAAUCAUGGCAAAGUUUGAUUUGACACCCAAAAUGGGUCAGUAUUUAGACCGACAUUUGGUUUUCCCGUUAUUGGAGUUUCUGUCUGCUAAAGGAAUUUACAAUGAAACCGAACUCUUAAAAGCUAAAUUAGAUAUUUUGAGUAAAACUAAUAUGAUAGAUUAUGCUAUCGAUAUUAGAAAGCAGCUGUAUCCUGAUGAUGAGAUACCCGAUGAUUUAAAGCAAAGACGUAGCCAUGUUGUCUCUCAACUUCAGGAGCUGCAACAAGAGGUUGAACCUAUAUUGACUGUUAUAACUGACGAAGAAGUAAUGAAAAACAUGGAAAGCAUGAGAGAUUCUAAAACAUUGAUUAACUUUUUGUCUAAGGAUUAUAAGUUUGAAAUUGAAAUGAUAGAUAGCCUGCACAAGCUAGCCAAAUAUAGAUAUGAAUGUGGUAAUUACUCUGUAUCUACCUCAUACUUGUACUUCUGCUUAUUGGUAUUGCCUCCAAAUGAUAAAAACUACCUCAGUGUUCUAUGGGGAAAGUUUGCAUCAGAAAUUCUAUAUCAAAACUGGGAUUCUGCCUUAGAAGACUUAAACAAACUACGAGAAUAUAUUGAUUCAAACCCUAAUCAAUUUUCUGGCAAUAGCUUACAAUUAUUACAGCAAAGAACAUGGCUGAUUCAUUGGUCACUUUUUGUGUUUUUCAAUCAUGCCUUGGGACGAGAACUAAUCAUCGAAUUGUUCCUCUAUAGACCCCACUAUCUUAAUGCCAUCCAGACCAUGUGCCCUCACAUAUUGAGAUAUUUGGCAACAGCUGUAAUUAUUAACAGGGGUAGGAGAUCAGCCCUUAAGGAUUUGGUUAAAGUUAUACAACAAGAAAGUUACACAUACAGAGACCCUAUAACAGAAUUCCUAGAACACCUUUACGUCAAUUUCGAUUUCGACGGCGCCCGCCAGAAACUUCACGAAUGCCAAACGGUAUUGCUCAAUGACUUCUUCCUCAUAUCCUGCUUGGAUGAGUUCGUUGAAAACGCUCGGCUCAUGAUUUUCGAAACGUUCUGCAGAAUCCAUCAAUGCAUCAGCAUCGGCAUGUUAGCAGAAAAGUUGAACAUGAAUCCCGACGAAGCGGAGUGUUGGAUCGUGAAUUUGAUUAGGAACGCCAGAUUGGAUGCCAAAAUCGAUUCUAAGUUGGGGCAUGUCGUGAUGGGAGCUCAGCCUCUUUCACCAUAUCAACAACUCAUUGAAAAAAUUGAUUCUCUUUCAGUAAGAUCGGAGACGCUGUGCGGGCUUAUUGACCGAAAAUUGAGAGCUAGAACUGAUAUUCGGUGGGGAAAUCAAGAUUUUUAAAUCGCCAAUAAUUAUUUUCUAUUUACUGUAAUUUAUAAUAAAACAAUAAAACCUACAGUAGGGAUUAUAUUUUUUAUUAUUAAUAAACUACAGUUAUGUUUCAAA